GCCACACACGCAUCUCUGCCUCUUUGCUCUGGCUUUCCCACCCUCUCCCGUCUUUCUCCGCUUCCCUGUCACUGUUACUCCGGGAGACGUUCACUUUCCACCAACCUUCUCCAAGCGUCUCCAAGCCAGACUAUACAUAUUUUGCUGUAAGAGACCUAGAAGAGGAAAAAAGGCACAAGACUUUUCAACACCUCACUUAAAAAAAAUCAACACGAAUUUCCCGAAAUGUUUGAGAACAAUUAAAAGGAAAAGGCGUUUUUGGUCUAUCAACUAAGUGAACAGUCAUUUAUAUCGUCCACAUCCUGAGAUAUUAUCUACCCUCGCUGUGGACACCAGCGAGAUGACAGCUGCUUUUUCAUAUUCGAAUGUAAUAAAUAUUUGCUGCUUUUAAUAUAUUUCGGAAUUUCUCCCCUCUAUUCUUUGGAAUUUGUAACUCUAAAAGAUUGGAGAAAAGAUUACCGAAAAGGCUUUCACAAGCCUCCAAAAUGAUGCUGAGUCCGGACCAGGCCGCCGACUCGGACCACCCCAGCUCGGCGCACUCGGACCCGGAAUCUUUGGGCGGCGCGGACGCCAAGGUGCUGGGCAGCGUGUCGGACCUGGAGCCCGUAGAGGAGGCCGAGGGCGACGGCAAGGGCGGCAGCCGGGCCGCGCUCUACCCGCACCCGCCACAGCUGAGCCGAGAGGAGAAGCGCCGCCGCCGGCGCGCCACCGCCAAGUACCGCUCGGCUCACGCCACCCGCGAGCGCAUCCGCGUGGAGGCCUUCAACUUGGCCUUCGCCGAGCUCCGCAAACUGCUGCCCACGCUGCCCCCGGACAAGAAGCUCUCCAAGAUCGAGAUCCUGCGCCUGGCCAUCUGCUACAUCUCCUAUCUCAACCACGUCCUGGACGUGUAGAGCCUGGGGCGCGGCGGGAGGCCGCCGGUCCGGAAGCUGGGGCAG